GAGUGAAGGAAAGAGGGAUUAUUGGAGCAGUAAUGAAUGCUAUUUUCCGACAGUCAACGAAAAUGGCGGAAGCAGGUGUGGAAACUGCCUCGUCUUCAGCCAGAUUUUUCUGUCACAAAUGUAAUGUGGAGAUUACCCCGCAGCUUCCGGACUAUGUAUGCCCACGAUGUAAUAGUGGCUUCAUUGAAGAACUAGAUAGAGCACGGGACUCAGACAGUGACAGUUCUAGCGACACUGAAAUGGAGCCAUAUGACAUGUGGGAUGUGAUCACUCAGGAUUCGUCAUCUGUGUCAGGUGCAGCAUCUCCGGCAGCUUCCUCCUCAGGCCCAGGUCCUCGCAGAAGUCAACGCCUCAGACACAUUAACCCAAGACAUGGAAGGCGGAGAGUAAGUGGAGACGAUAAGGGCCUACAGUGUUCAGUGUGCAUGGAAGACUUCACUAUAGAUGAGAGUGUUCGUCGGCUCUAUUGUGAGCAUUGUUUCCACAAUGACUGCAUCAUUCCCUGGUUAGAACUUCAUGGAACCUGUCCAAUUUGCCGGAAGUUGUUACUUGAGGAUGUGCAGGCAACCCUAGGUGCAUCGGCUGCAUCCAGUGGUAGCAACAACAGUACCAACCCUGGUUCAAGGUGAGCAGGCAAGUAACCC